AUGCGUCAAGACGCACGGCAACGCAUUCAUGCAGAUUAUUGCGGUCCAUUUUUGAACAAAUAUUAUGCACUGGCGGUUAUGGAUUCCUAUUCACGCUGGACGGAAGUAUUUCUCACGACAUCCCCGAAUUCUGAGUUCACUCAGUAUGCUUUGAGGAAACUAUUUAGUCGUGAAGGUGUACCAAUUGUUUUGGUCACUGAUAACGGCUCACACUUUACAGCGAAACCUCUCAAAUAUUGGUUGAAAGGACUUGGUUGUCGUCAUUUAUUUACUGCUCCCCGUCAUCCACAGUCUAAUGGACUUGCUGAAAAUUUUGUUCGAACUUUGAAAUCUGCCAUCAAUUCUAUUUCCCCUGUUACUUUCCAUGAUCUUGACCGAGGUAUUGACAAUUUCUUGAUGCAGUACAAGAAUGCUGCUCAUUCAAUUACUGGUAAGAGUCCAGCAGAGCUAUUCAAAUCGAGAUCCUUACGCACGAACCUGGAAUGCAUUGGGACUGCCGACGUAACAUUUUUCAAAUGUAACGAUCUACGUCCAUCUACUGGUGUUGUUAUUGGGAGGAACGGGAAUCGUAUGGUCACGGUUCUUAACCGCGAAGGUCUCUCAAGUCACAGACGGCAUGUUGAUCAGGUCGAAUUCAAUGCUAGAGAUGCUUCUGAUGAGCAUGAAACAAACACUGAACCUGAAAAUCCGACGUUGAGAAGAUCUGAACGGUUGAGGUUCCAACCAAUUAGAGACUAUAAACACCCGCACGCUCAUUCAACGUGUGGUGGAUGUGGUGAACAUUUACUUUAUUCUGUUCAUUCUGUUUAG